CCGCCCUGACUUCUACGAGCCUGUGUGUUGGGAGAAAGUAAUCAAAGUAGUGUUUUCGCUCGGCUUUCCCUCUGAUUUUCCACUCCUUGUGAUUGUUUGCCCCAGGCCGACGAUGCCCUCCACGCAGGACUGGAUCAACAACCCUCUGGGUGUAGUGGAAGGGAUGUUCGCUGCGUCCCAGAACAGUCCGAACUCCGGAUGGGAGAUGAAAGCGGUUGAAUUUUUUAAAGAUCAGCUGAAAGAGAAGGACACUCACACCCUGGUCCCGUCUCUGAACGACGUCCCGCUGCACUACCUGAAGCCCAACAGCCUGGUGAAGUUUCGCUGUUUCAUCCAGGACAUGUUCGAUCCGGAGUUCUACAUGAGCGCGUACGAGACUGUCGAUCCCUCCACAAAGGCAAAAGCGUUGCGCUGUGGGAAGUACAGAGACGUGACAGAAUGCGGGGUGGAUUUCAACUCCUCAAACACUGUAACUUCAGAGCGACAGACUUUCUACUGCGUCCCAAUCCCUGGAGAGAAUCCCUGGGUGAAAGAAAAGUAUGCCGGCGACAGCCAGGCCAGAGUCGUGCCCUCCACCUCUUACGUCCCCAGCAGACAGAAGCGGAGCCACGAGGACGACGAGGACGACGACAUGGACACGCAGCCGCAGAAACAGAGGGAACCGCACACCGGUCCUCACAGCCAGACGGAACAACACGGAAGCAGCGACUGUAAGCGUCAGGAGACGGAGGCGCCGUCCGGCCCGGCGGCGUCCGCGUCCCAGGUGGACCUGAACUUCCCCCUGCCGGGAGAGCGAGGCCCCGCCUGCCUGGUCAAGGUGUACGAGAACUGGGACAGCUUCAAACUGAACGAGAUGCUGGAGGUGUUCGGGAUCCUGUCCGUCAGCCCGGCUCUCUCCGCCCUGGCCGAGGAGAAAGACGCGACGUCGUCCCUCCUGGACCCGAUGGAGGGGAUGGAGUCGGCGGAGGAGCAGAGGGUGCACUGCCCUCCGGCCUCGCUCGUCCCUCGCCUCCACAUGCUCUGCGCCCGGACGCUGCCUCACAACAACCCGCUGCUGCCCGCCGCCGCGCCGGGGGACAACAGCGCCUCGUUGUCGGCCAGCGUGAGCGAGAUGGCCUCGGUGAGGGAGGAGCUGCUGGCGUACUUCACCCACGUUCUCCUGGGAGACGCUCUGGCUGCCGAGUACCUCGUCCUGCAUCUCAUCUCUGACGUGUACACCAGGCGGGACGUCCUCCCUCUGGGGAAGUUCACCUUGAACCUGAGCGGCUGCCCCACCGUGUCCUCGUACACCGAGCGCCUCUACCAGAUCAUCCAGCAGCUCGUGCCCUCGUCGUUCUACCUGGGCAUGAGCCUCCAGAACAUGAACCAGAUGAGCUUCGUGCCCAGAAAGGACUACGUGGCGAACCGGUUAGUGAGCGGCGCGCUGCAGCUGGCCAGGAACACGACCCUCUUCCUGGACGAGACCAAACUGCAGCAGGGGCAGCUGGACGCCACAGGUGUGCGCAACGUCACGGCCCUGGGAAACCUGAUCUCCUGGCAGAAGGUGGAUUAUGACUUUAACUACCAUCAGAUGGAAUUCCCCUGCAAUAUUAACGUUCUGGUGGCGUCAGAGGGCCGAUCGCUGCUGCCGUCGGACAGCCAGGUUCACCUGCAGCCCCAGGUCGCGCCGGCGCAGCUGGACCAGUACCUCGGGAGCCUCCACCUUCACCCCCAGACCUCGGCGCAGCUCAACAAGUUCAGGAUGUACCUGAGCAUGGCCCGGCUGCUGGACUACAGCAUCUCCGACGAAGUCACCAAGUCGGUCGAGGAUGACUUCGUAGACAUGAGGAAGGACGACCCCCAGAGCGUGUCCGCCGAGGACCUGCACAGGAUGCUGGUGGUGGCAAGGCUGCUGUCCGUCAGCCUGGGACGGACGUCGCUCUCCAGGGACGGCUGGCUGAGAGCCAAACACAUCGAGAUGCAGCGCAAGAGCCGGGUGGAGCAGCACAAGAGCGUCAACGGCAACGAGCCGUGAUCCGACCGGCGGGCGCAGGAGGAUAGGAUCUUUUUGUUUUUUUUUUUUUUUCCUCAGUUGCUACAGCAAGUAAAGAAGUUUUUCAUUUGCCAUACAGCUCAGGUGUUCAACUUUUUUACCGAGUUGCCGAGUUUAGACGGAUUCACACUUAAGGUUCUGAUGGGUCGUUUGUACAGCAGCUGGUCCGUUCGUUUCCUUCACCACGUGCACUGUAUGGCAGCAGCUGCUGCGGACCAAACGUUUUGUUUACAAAAAAGUACUUUUUUAAACUUCAAUAAA